AUGUCAUAUUCAAUAAAUCCUUUUAAGCUUGUGCAAAUAUCUUUAUCAUUUAUUUCAGCUGCUGAGGCUGCUGCCGCAGGAGAUAAUGUGUCUGAGACACCUUUGGCACCUUCUGAAAAAAAUGAAUAUUUAUUUGAAUCGUCGACAGAAAAAGGAGAAAACGGAUCGCUUGUACAUAAUAGUGACAAGCUUUUAAAGCUUUUGAUAGUUCUUGAAAGAUUAAAUGCACGUCAAAACAUAGUGGACGAGCCUCAACAUGAUGUCUUAAACAUUUAUCUUAGAUACAAAAAUAUGACAUCUGCUGAAGAUAUUGUAGAACUUGAUCCGAGUACUAUUAAUCCGAGUACUAUUUCUUUCUUAUUAAACAAACGCAUAAACCAAAGCAUAAAAAGGUUAGAUACUCUUGCUGCCCGUGUGUCUGAUCCAUGCUUGAAAAUUUUAGUAAUAGGAGAUGUAAAAUCAAGGAAAAAAUCCUUGAUAAAUGCUCUUAUGCAUCAUGGAAUAUUGCCAAUGGAGCUACAAAUGGAAAGGAUUCUUUUCUGUGAAGUAUUAAAUGUAAAGGAUAACUCUGGUGAAGAAGAAGUUCAUGCUAUUGAAGAUAUUGAAAAAUAUAAUCGAAAAGAUCCAGCAACAUAUUCAAUAAUCCCGUUAGCGGAUCUAUAUAAUACUAUCAGUAAUUCUACCAAAGAGAUUGCUUGUAUAAAGCGUGAUGUAGAAUUGCUUCAUUUUUUACCUACCAAAAAAAAGCUUUCCUUCAAUGUCGCGAAUGAUCUCCAUCAACUUAGAGAAUCUUUAGGUAAUUUAGUAACUAAAAAAAUAUUAAAGACCAUAUUUGUACCAGCACAAGAUUACCUUCGUUCACUUGUUAUAGAUAUUGGAAUUGUUGCAGAAUUCAAUUUAUAUAUGGCAUCAUGUGAGUCCGAAAAGUUCGAACGACAACUCGAAGAGGAUAAAGCAGAUUACGAGCAAUUAUGCAAAGAUUUAGAUAAAAUUAGUUCAAAAGCCAGAAAAUACGCCAAAACAACAGCUAAUUUUAUUUACAAAAAUACAAAAGACAGGACAAUAAAUGCCAUCGUUAAUAUGGAACAAAAGUCCAAUAUUAGUAAAUUAGAUUUUCGUGGGGUACUUUCAACAUUAAGCUUUGCAAACAGUGUCCGUGAUGCUAUGAUAAAGGAAAUUUCGGAGGAAAUUUCUAUGUGCGAGAUAAAAGCAAAAAGACAAGUUGAUAUUUGUAUUUCUAAAAUAAAUUCAUUGGCAGAAAGAUUAGAAGGAGAAUAUAACGAAAUCAACCUUGAAGAAACGUACUCCGGCCCUACGCUUUCAGCUUACAUCAUUCAAUUUUAUUUCUUGGAAUUUUUCUAUUUCAAACAAAGCCGUGACCCGAGUACAAACGAUGAUAGACGCAUUACACUCGCAGCAACUUCAAAAAUACUUACAUUUGCGAAUUUAUUGGGGGUUACAAAUUUUCUAGGGUUGCCUAAAACGCAACGCUGGGUAUCACCUUUAAAAAUACGAGAUCAAUUAAGCCAAACAAAUUUCGUUGAUAACGAAGCAGAACGUAUAAUGAUGCAAAGCGAUGUAAAGAUUGAUUUAUCGAUUGAAUAUUUGGAAAAGCGAAUUAAACAGACGAUCCUCGCUGCACAACAGAGACGUCUUGGCACUCUUACCGCUUACAAAGAUUCCAUUGAGAGCUCUGAAUUUUUUAAGAAAACAUUCAGAAGAGCCGAAAUAAUUUUCGAAAGCCUAAAUAGUUUAUGUAAUAUGACUGAGGAUUUGGAUUUUUAA